GUGCUCUCUGAAUGCUCUGUGAUAAACUCGUCCGCUCGAAAGCAACUUCAUAUUCUUCUCUUGCGUUUCCCGUCUUGACGACAAGCCAAAGAUGGAUGGGAUCAACAGAUCGUCCCCAGGUUAUCGCCUGUUUAGAACACGAGCAUAUCCGGCCCCCGGCCCCCAACCCCGUUCAUUCAACCUUGCAGUGAAGACUCUCGAAGCCCAAAGGUUCGUGCCGUCAGCUUUUGCGCAAAGGCAUUUCAAGGUCCCCGGUAUUCAUAUCCAGCCCAGCCUCAGAUCUAUAUCUCACGCUGUAGUCUGUAGGGAGGUUGCACUGGCGAGAUCGUCCACACUGAACAAAGGGGGUCCUGACCGUCCCCUACGGAGCGCUCUUCUUCUUUUGACUGGGAAAAGAUUUCGAUUCGAUCGGCGCCCCGGAAUAGCGUCGAGUCCACUUGUCCCGGGGAGCACUCCAAAAUGGCGGAUUGGAUCUUUGCGAGACGACCACCAACGAGGUAACACUAAACAAGAAUAUCAACCCCGACAAUACUCCAACAGCAGCAAUACCAACACCAAACACUGACAGGGAAAUCGGGGACCUUAGAAUCCCAUGUCAAGCUUCCAACGCCCUCCAUCCCACCCUGAAGAACAAGCUGGGAAACUGUAUUGGAAAGCAGGCACACACUGCAAGAGUUGGGAAAUCCGGAAUUCUGAUCUCGAUCAUGGAUGGGGAAUGAGGAUGGGGGAUGGGGAGAUGCAUAGAGAUGCCAUUACAGGCC